CCGGUCAUACCCGGACAGUGCACCGCUCGACUGUUAUUCUUUUGUUUUUCGGCGGAGUCGCUCGUGAUGCGGUACCACCUUAUCGCGCUGAAGUAGCCUCCGCGAGAGGAAAAAAGGAUCUUCGCGACACACGCGGCACAUUGUGAUAUUAGGGGUAAAACGUGCGAGUGAUGCGGAUGCAACACCUCACCAACUACAAUGAACAAGAUACAGUCGGCAGUCCUAGCAGUGGUCAUGAGCGUGUUUCUUAUCCAAGCUACUGAUCCACCUUACGAAAAACCAAGCGGAUCUUUCAUCCAGUUUUAUCCAGUUAGACAACGCAGAAUAGACAAUGUCGAACCCAAAUACACUCAAGUUAUCUUUAGAGACAACUCGUUCACAAGGAGCAUAGGAUCAUUCAAUGCUUUAGAUAGUAGUCAAAAGCCCGUCCAGAGUACAACUCCAGGAAACUACGUCCCAAGUAGCUUAGUACCACAAAAGAGCACUAUCACAAACUUCCUAUCGGGCUCGAAUCUGCCUUUGUAUCCACCGUUGGUACCGAUACCGAAUGCACCAACGACUCCAGUACCAGAUCAAAAGUUUGCUGAGUCGGCUCUUCCGCAGUACCCGCCGGUACGACUACAGUUCGACGUAUCGAAAGUACCAGAAGCGCAACAAAACCGUUAUGACGCUUUAGGAAGGUUGCAUAACUACCUGACGAAAAUUGGAGACAGAAGCGGAGUACCGGAUGAGGAAAGAUCAUCGUACGAGAAACUAUUGGCCAAGGAAUUAAUCAGACCGUUGCUUAAGCUGUAUGAGAAGCAAAUUCACUAUGAGGCUGGUUACGAAACGUCUAACGGGACUUUGAACGGUCGGAUUUCGAAGGAAGACUAUGUUGAAGAUUUCAAGGUACUGUCAAAGGAAGAGCUUGAUAUGCUUAUGUACGGCGGAGAGAAGUACCAGAAUAAUCAUAAGCACGAUGCUGAGGAUAGCCAAAGCUUGGAUCCCGAAGAUAGCGGGAAGAGAAAGGUGGAUGAUAAUGACAGUACCGCUUCUACAAGUGAAGAUAGUGGUUCUACUAACGGAAUCCGUAGAGACGAUGUGGAUGUAUCGGAAAAUAACGAUAAAGAACAUAUAGGUGAGAUCCUACCUCCAGAAUUCAAAAAGUCGCAGCAAAGUUAUCCUCAAACUCAUCGAAGGAUGUACCAUCAUAUAAUUUUCAACCCCGCGAACUAUCGGAUGCGCAAAUCGUACGACUACAACGAUCGCGCUGAGUUACCGCGGAUUCCUGUAACCUUUCCCACGGCUCCUUCAUCCGAAGGAGCAGAUGGUGCCGGGUACCACCGAGUACCAAGACUCAACCUCCCGCCGCAGGAAUUGUAUCGAGCCCCUAGGAGGUUCAGGGGCUACCGUGAAUCGUACUCCGAGGGGCCACCGCAUCCGUACUUCGACCCUUCCGCGAGGUACCAUAACGCGUGGACUGCCAGAAGACCGCGAGUGAUCUUUCCAACGGAUUUAGUGGCGUUCAGGGAUUCUGCGAAUCAGGAGCAAGAGCCAGAUUGGUUGGCUGGAGAUAAUAAUCUGCAAGAUAUUCAGGAGCCGGAUCUUAGAGACAGAGAGACCCAUGGCUUUGCACAAUUGGUUUCAGCACCAACUAGGGUGGCAGCUAGCAGUAGAAGCCUCUUAGAUAAAAUAUAUGUAAAUCAACCUGGAUCAUUUACUAAUUGCCUUACUUUUGAUGCUCAUCAUAUAUCUGACCACAAGAUGGUCUCGUGCACAAUGCUGAUUCCGCCUUAUCAAAUGAAGCAGAAGUACAUAUCGUUACGUGACUUCACUAAUUUCGAUGAGGCAUUGUUUCUACGGGACCUUUAUGAUCUUCCAUUUGAUGAUAUAUUCCAUCUACAGUCAAUAGACGAGUUCCUCAAUAAUUUGAUAACUGAACUCUUCAAUAAACAUUCUCCGUCAAAAAUUACACGAGUCAAUAAACCUCACGAUCCAUGGCUUACUUAUGGGCUUACGCAAAUAUUUAAAGAAAGAGAUGCUGCUCUGUCUAACCAUAAAGCCAAUAAAACUCGGGAAAGCUUCUGCUAUUAUAAGGAGUUGAGGAAUUUCGGUCUAGCUUCCUUGCGGGGUGAAAAAGAAGCUUAUUUCUCACAUCUGCAAAGAUGUAGGCAGUCUAAAAAAACCUGGGCUGCAUUGGAGAGUAUCAAUCUUAAUUUUUCUUCGAGGCCUCUGAUACCUGAUACUCUCAAUGAUGCACACUUGAUCAAUGAUUAUUUCACAACUAAAGCACAGCACAGCUAA